CCACCGAAGCGUAACGACAACGUCAAGUUCUGGCCUUUUCUUGUCGUCAUCGGUGUAGGCUCCCUCGGCUACGUGGGUCUUGUCAACCGCCGUAAAGACAUGCCUACGCAACCUCAACUCGAAGCCCCCGCGGCCCCCGCUGGACAGCUUGCCGAGCCCGCAAAGUCCACUCCCACUUUCAAGCCUGAGGAUGUGACUGUCAUCUUCGUCCUCGGCGGUCCUGGCGCCGGCAAGGGAACUCAGUGCGCGAAGCUCGUCGAGGAGCAUGGCUUCACUCAUCUUUCCGCCGGCGAUCUCCUCCGCGCCGAGCAGCAGCGCCCCGGCUCCCAGUUCGGCGAGCUGAUCAAGGACUACAUCAAGAACGGCCUUAUCGUCCCUAUGGAGGUCACUAUUGCGCUUCUCGAGAACGCCAUGACCGAGGUCAUCCAAAAGUCGGGCGACAAGAAGGGCCGCUUCCUGAUCGAUGGCUUCCCCCGCAAGAUGGACCAGGCUGUCAAGUUUGAGGAGAGUGUCUGCCCCGCCAAGCUGGUCCUCUUCUUUGACUGCCCCGAGGAUGUCAUGGAGAAGCGCAUUCUUGAGCGCGGCAAGACCAGCGGCCGAUCAGACGACAACGCUGAGAGCAUCCGCAAGCGAUUCCGCACCUUUAUCGAGACAAGCAUGCCCGUUGUCGACCACUUUGACAAGGAGGGCAAGGUGGUCAAGCUGGACGCCACUCCUACACCUAACGAGGUCUUUGCCACCACUCAAAAGGUCCUCACCCAGCGGUUGGGUCCCAGCUUUUGAGAAAUAAACUUGCAUAAACCGCACUUUCACAUGCACGGGGAGAGCGCCGUCUUGCAUGGGGGGAAACAACGUCUGGGGUGUUUUGGACCGUAGAGGGGUUAUUUUAAAAUUACUUGACCUAUAGACCUGGAAAGGGAGGUGGGACAUUUAGGAUCGCGUCGUCGCCAGCUGUUGGCUCUUGUUCUUAUCUUGGUUGUCUUGACCCGCUGGCCCUAUUUGUAUCCCUAUUACCUUUUUUGU